GAUUUUCUUUGCCCCCUUUUCCUAACCUAUCGAUUCCACAAGCCUUCCAGUUUUCCUCUUUAUUCCCCUCGUUCCGUCCAUUUUAUCUUCUUAGAUUCUUCUUCUUUUUCAAGUGUUCCAUUUCCUUCACUCUUCGAUCAGAUCCUUGCUACCUGAUCGUAGUUAGCCAUUUUUUAUUCAUCUAUGACGCUUGGUUCAGGAGGCUCGAGUGUUGUUGUUCCUAGGAACUUCCGGCUGCUGGAGGAACUAGAACGUGGAGAAAAGGGCAUUGGUGAUGGUACUGUGAGCUAUGGAAUGGAUGAUGGAGAUGACAUUUAUAUGCGUUCAUGGACUGGCACCAUUAUUGGUCCACACAAUACGGUACAUGAAGGUAGAAUUUAUCAGUUGAAGCUUUUCUGUGAUAAAGAUUACCCUGAUAAGCCACCAAGUGUUCGUUUUCAUUCAAGAGUCAACAUGACAUGCGUGAACCAUGAAACUGGAGUGGUUGAGUCAAAAAAAUUUGGACUUCUUGCAAAUUGGCAGCGAGAGUACUCCAUGGAGGAUAUACUGACGCAGCUGAAAAAGGAAAUGACAGCCCCGCAUAACCGAAAGCUGGUCCAACCUCCAGAAGGCACCUACUUCUAGUUCCAAGAUCAUGAACACAUGAUCAUAUGGUGUGCUAUAUGCAAAUAUAGUUUGCAGUGCUGUGUAAUCCUGUGGAAGUUGAGCACAUUCCAGGAAAGAACCAAAAUCUUGAUGAUGAUUUGCAUUGCUUCAUCGUUGAUCAAUAGUCUUUUCCUUGUCCAAUCUGUUAAAAGGGAUGGUCUUUUAAUGAUGGAAAAUGUGUCGAUACAAAUUUACCCAAUAGUAUUAUCUAAUUUGAGCGUUGGUUGUUUUCUGCAUUA